AUGUAUAAUAAAUGCACAAAAAAUGAAAAUUAUUAAAAAAACAACUACAGCAGAAUGCUGUUAUAAGAUGAAUUAAAUUCUAUAGUUUAUGUAAAUCCACUUAAAAAAGAAAUGUACCCAGAACCUUUUUAAUAAGAUACAAUAUAAAAAGGAUCAGAAGAGCCUACAACAAUAUUUAUGGUGCCAAAAUCAAGCACUGUUGAUAUCAUUUUCGAUUUAAGGCAUGUCUAAAAUCAAAUAUAAAAGUCUAUAAGCUUUAGCUAUGGCAAAGACUGGGAUAUUGCGAUUUCUACAAGCUAGAGUUUCACUUUAGGUAAUUGGACACAGGACUUUGAAUCAAAUAAAAUUGAUCUACCUGAAUCAUUUUUAAACAGCACGAAUUAAAAAACAGAUAGUCAUAAAUUUGUUUUAUUUGCUUAUGAGGAUAUGCAUCUCAUGAUAUUCAUAAGAAUUCUUAAAAUAAAAUUCAGUUCUUUAAGUUCUUUAUUUAUUUAAACCACAAGUGUUCAUAUCUAAACUCCAUAUCGAGCUUCUAUGAAAAGUGGACUGAUAUUUCCUUUCAUAUUGUGGAGUAAUUCUCCUGUAAAUUUACCUUUAAAUUUACCUGAAAUGGUCAAUCCGAAUUAAGAUUAUCCUUUAAGCAUAGUUUCAUACACUACUGCAAAUCCUUCUUAGCAUAAUCAUCCAAUAAACCUGACUCAAUCUUCAGCAUAUACAUAUUACAUAAAUAAUGAUAGAUAUUGGAAGAACUUGCAUUAACUGGUUAUACCUUACCUGCCCUAUUUUACUAAUUGUAAAAAUUAUGGAUAAUUCAUUUAUCUUCAUUAAAUUAUAGAAAACCAUGAGUUAUGCCAUCUUGUUGACCCAAAGGAUACUGAGCCUAUUAAAUAAAUUAGUUUUUAAUAGGAACCUGUUUCUGAUUAAUGUGAAGAUUUAAAAUUUGAAUGCAUAAUGGAUGAUGCAUUUUAUUCUUCUAAUGCCCUUCCAAAGUUAUACUAAUUACCAAAAAAUACUAAUCUAUUUUAUAUGUCUGCUAAUCCUGUUGACAUUUAAGAUAUCUCUGUUGAUGGGCUUUCGUUCAAAAAGAGUGAAUUAAUCCCGGUUGUUUCUUUAAAUUAAGUUCCUGCAAAUUAUCUACCAGCAAGUAUUGAGCUCGCUAUUAAUUAUUACUAAGUUGAUAAAUACCAUAAAAAGAUAAUCAAAUGUGAAAUGGAGUUUAAGUCUCUUAUAAAUAAAGAGACACUAUCUUAAUAAUCUAAUUUCACAUAUGAAUUGCGUUUUUCAUUCCAUUCUAUGAGCCAUGCUGAAUUAGCUAUUGCUUUUGCCUUAGAUUAUCCUAUCUACUUGAUUCUUUCUUGCAUAAUAGGUUUAUUCAGUAUUGCAAUGAUUUGUAUAUAUUUUGCCUUCUACAAGAUUGGAAAUUUUUUAACAAGAAGAAAAAUAAAGACCUCGUCAAAUUAUUUCUUUCUUUCUUUUCAUGGAUUGAAAGAAUUAUUUCAAGAAGUUUAUUAUCAUUUAACACUUUACCCGCCAAUAAUAAAGGGAAUAGUUAUAUCAUUUUUCCCUAAAAUAAUAUUAUUCACUAUUUUAUCUGUCUUGAUGAUUGGGACUUUUUGGGGAUACACUAUUAUUGGCUGCAGUAGUUUAACUGAUGAUUAUUUAUGCGAGAAUUCUCUUUUUGAAAUUUUAUUUUAAGAAAAUAUUGCACAGGAAACAAGAAGAGGUAGGCUAGGAAUAAGUUUAGUUGUUAUUGGAUUUUACAUAUGUGUUAGAAUGGCAAUAGUUUUUAUUCCAGAUACAUAAGAAGAUAAAAUAUAAGAAGAGGUUACUAAAUUCACAAAGAAAAAUCCUGAAUUUCGAUACAAUAUAAUUUCGAUAUUAAAAUUUCUUUCAGAUGAGCCUAAGCUUUUGAAAAGCGAAUCUUAUGAUGGAAAUAUAUGGAGAGAUAAAGUUUGGAGCAGAGGAUUGUUUAUAUUUAUAACAAUACUGGUACUAGUUUUAAUGGUUAUUAUUUUAUACCUAUCUUUCUCUGUUUACUAUGCUACAAAUAUUUGGAUGUUUAUAUUUAUACUCAAAAUAACAUAAAUUAUUAUUGAAGAGGGUCUCAAAGUUUAUGUAGAAAAUGAGCUCUUGCUAGGGAGUUUAAGUUGUGUUAUGACUAUGAUAAACACAAUAUCUGGAUUAGGAGCAGAAAAUUACUUUGCUUAUCUAGUAAAUGUUUUCGUUGCUCUUGGAAUUAUGUGUUUCGAAAAAGUGAGUUAAGUGUUGAUAGUAAAAUAAAUAUCUCGAAGUUUAUUCAAAGCAUCAAAAAUAUUGAAUAAAUGGAUAGAGAAACAAUUUAUCACAAAUGAUAAUGAAGAAACAGAAGAAAAUGAUGAAGAAGAUGAAACAAAUGAUAUAAAUAGUUAAUAAGAAAAAGAAGAAUUUCAUUUUAAGAAAUAGGAAAAUAUAAGAGAUGAUAUUAGUGAAAUUGUCCUAACAGAGAUUUAUGAGGAGAGUUUUGGUUCCAUUGAAGAUGAUGAAGCUGAAACAGUUGAAGUAAAAAGGCAAAGCUUGUAAAUAAUAAACUCAAUUGGUGAUGUUUAUCAAGAUAAGUUAAUUGAGAUCAAUAAAUAAUAAUAAUUAACAUCUAAAGUAAGAAGUUAUAGCAGCAAUAGUGUGGAGUGUAAUAGUGAUCAAUUAUAGGAUUAGUUUGAGAUCUUAUUUUAGCACAUUUUCGAUAAAAAGUUUAUGAAAAAUUAUAAAAGGAAAGAAAGAUAAGAAAGCUUAACAGAAGACGAGGAUUAGCAAACUUAAAAACAAAAAAAUUUAGAAAAAGAAGAAAAAAACAAGUAAGUUAAAGUUUUCACAGACUUUUGCUACAAAUCUCUGAAUAUCUUAGAACUUCCCAUUCAAACAGCUUUUCUUUGGUUGUUUUAUGAUUCUAAUUAAAUAUUUACUAAGUGGAAUAUCACAAAAGAAGGUCUUGUAUUUUAUUUUCUUUUCUCUAUAUUUGCUAUCCCUUUUCAAAUAUGUGUAGAUAUUCUUUUCAUCAAAACUGUUGAAUAAUAUCACGGGGUUUGUAUUAAAGAUUAUGUAAAAUCAGUAAAAGAAAGAUAUAUAAAUAGAAAAUUUAACUGGAAAGCAGAUGAUACCUCUGAUGCCUUAAACUACCUUGAAAAAGAAUACUAAUAUAUUGAUGCUUGGUGCUUUUCCUCUUAGCUUUUCUUUUGUUACUGUAUAUUCUUGGCUGGUUCUAUAAGCAUUGUUUAAGGUGCAAUUACAAUAAUAAAUAAUCAAUAUAAUUUUUUAGGAGAUUAAAAGCUUACUAUUAUAAUCAUAAUAUGGGUGGUAUUUUGCUUUUUAGUUGAAAGACUAUGCUUUUUUUUUUAUGAACAUUCAUAAAUAUGGAAGAAAGAUUAAAAAUUUACAAAAAAGAUACCUAAAACUGAAGAAGAAAUAAGUUUAAAAUAAUAAGCACAUGAAUAGAUUUUAUCAAUUUAAAAUUUUAAUUCCCCGAACAUAACUAGAUAAUUACAUAAUCAAAAUACUUUUAGAAGGUAAGAAAAAAUUGAAAUGGAUUUAUCGCCUUUGCAGGUUAAUUCAAAUAAAGAGCCUAUGACACCAAAUCAAAUUCUAUCAAAUAUUGAUCCAAAUAAAUUGAAAUACCAAAAUACUUUUUUUGCUUAAAAAAGCCCAUUUUAGUUCGCAAGGUAGACUUCAUCAAGAGAAAAUUUUAACAAAAAAAGUGAUGAUAGACUGUUCACUUUUAAUUAAGGCGUUUUAAGUUAAUCUUAAUUCCAAACUAAAUAAUCAAUCCUAGCUAAUCAAUAUACAAGAAAAUUUUCUACAUUUAACAAGAACACUAUUAACAGUAAUCCUACAAUUUAAAAGUUUUUUAAAAGAUAUGAACAAAAUUUAUAUGAUGAAGAACUUGAAUACGAAGAUUUCUUUAAAGAAACGGCUAAAGAGAUUAAUAAAAAUAUAUAUUUAAAAAUGUAUCUUGACAGAGAGGUAGAAAAUGCUUAUGAGCAAAGUAUUCUAGUCCAUUCCUUUAUCUUAGAAAAUCUCUCAGAAUAAAAAAUGCAAACAAGUCCUUUGGCUGAUUUGACAAAUUUAGUAAUACAGAAAUUUAAAUACUCUCAAAAUAGUGAUUAAAAAAGAUUUUAGUGGGAAUCUUACAAAAAAAAUUUCAAAAAAGUUAAGAAAUACAAAGAGCGUGUUCAAAAGUUAUCAGAAAAGAAAAUUCACCUUUUAAAUCACGAAUACAAAGAUGAAAAGUUUCUUCAAAAAUUUAUUAAAAGAAAUUAAAUUUGGAUAAGAAAAAAUAUUAAUAUUAUGUUUGAUGACCUAAUAAAAGGAGUGUCUCAAUCCUAGCUUCCAUUACUGAGAAAUCAUAUUUUAGAAGGUUUUAAUCAAAUAUAUGGAGAUAUAAAAUAAGGUUCAGAUAAUUAAGUAAAAUCUAUAGUUUAGGAUUAAAUAACUAAAUAGGAAGCUUAAAAGUAUAUUGGAACUUAUGUACACUAUAUUUUAAGAUAUUGGAGAUAAAGAUCAACUAAUUUAUAAAUUGCUUAAAAUGUAGUUGGUGGAUAUUUGCUAAAAACUAAUAAUUCAUAAAAUUGUGAGUAUUGUAAUAAGAAUUGGGGAUUAUAAGUGUAAACAAAGGAAAAUGUGGAAGAUCUCUUUAACAUUUUUUAUAAAAAUGAGUGCAGAAGAAUAAAAUUUUACUUUAAUGUUGUUUAGUUGUUUGAAAAAGAUUGUUUAGUUAUUGAUAAAAACACCUAUAAAAGAGAUAAAGAAAGAUGUAACACAUUGAAAUCUCUAAAAUUCAUAAAAUUUUAAGAUCCUAUGUUUCAAGAAGACUUUAAUGAGAGUAAUGAAAAUAAUAUUUUAGAUAACUCAAAAGAUUUUGAUGACACCUAUAAUAAUGACAAAUCGUAUGAUGAUUAAUAGAUAUAAUUAUCUUCUUAAUAAGAAAUAAAUUCUUAUUAAUAAAGAAGGAAAAAUUCUAAAUAAACUGCCUUCUUUGUUGAGCACUAAAAUUUAAGUAAAGAAAAGCUAUCUCAAAUAAUGAACAAAAAAAAAUUUAUUGAAAGAUGGUAAGAGUUCUUUUUUAAGAAUGCAACUUUUGUCAGUGUCUGCUUCUAAUGCAAUGAGGAAGCUAUGGAGCAAUUUAUUUAUUAAGUUUAAAGAGAAAGGAAAAUUAAAGAAUAAGAAGAUCUUUUAUUAAAAUAGUAUUAAUAGCAUUUAGUGAAACUUAAUGAAAUAAAUGACAAUAAUAUUUUACACGAGCUUGAAGAAUAAGAUAAAAAAGAUAUCGAGUAUGAAAAAAUUGAAGAAUUUGGCUCUAAUUACAAAUAAAAUAGCUGGAAGAAAAAAGAUUAGAAAAAAUUGAAAGGAACAACGAUAAUAGAAGAAGACUUUUGUGAGAGAGUUAUUAACGAAGUCGUAAAUGAAGUUAAAGAAGAUGAGGAAGAUGAUACAGGCUAUUACAAUAACUUAACUAUGAGAGUAAAAUCCUUCUCUAGUAAACCUUAGAGGACAUCUCUAUUUAAUAUAAGAGAAAAGGCUGAUUCAGCUUCUUCAAAUAAAGUUGACAAUGUCUCUUCAUUUUCUCCAAAACAUUAUCAAAGUCUUUAAUUAAUAAAGCUUUAAAAUAUUGGAUUCGAUUAAUAGAAUAAAAAUAAAGAUGAGUGUUAAUCUCAUACUUAAAGAGAAUCUUAAGAUAUUCAAUAAAAUCAAAAAUCUCUCCAAACUAAUAGAGGUAGCCUUUUUUUAAAUGCUAAAAAUAGCAGUAAAGAAAUCCAUAAUAAAUCAUAAAAUUCAGGUGAAAAAUCUUUUAACCACAAAAGCAACAGCAGUAGCAGUAAUAGUAGUGAAAAUAGUAGCAGCGAGAACAGCAGUGAUUCAGAGUCUCGACAACAAAAUGAUAGCAAAUUAUAAAGAAAGAAAUCGAUUCAUCUAAAAAGCAAUAAAAGUUUCAAGUCACAUGAAUCCAAAACUCAUCCUUUAACUUCAGAAUAGUUAAUAAAAUCUCAUAGUUAAAUUAAUAAUUCAGUUUAAAGAGAUAAUAAUAAUAAUAUAAAUAACAAUAAAGAUAAAGAGCAUAUUUAAUUAUUAGAUCCCCAAAAAAUAUUAGGAGAGUAUAAAUUAUAAAAAUCAAGUAAUACCUUAAUUACAUCUAAUAAUGAAAUCGAUGCUUCUAACUUAAAUAAUUUCAUUGAAAAUCCAUCAAAUUUAAAUUAAAUUAUGAGUUAAUAGAAAAAAAUAAUAAACUUUAAUAAUAUUUAAUAGAGUAAUUAUUUUAACAAUAUAACUAUUUAAAAAACUGAAAAUGCUUAAACUGAAGAUUUUUUCUUCUAAAGUGCAAGAAAUAUUUCAUAGGAUUACUAACAAGCAAUUAGCAGUUAAAAUUAAUACAUAGAAGAAGUAUUAAAUUAUUCUAGUAAUAUUUCAUAUAAUAAGUAAUCCAAAAAUAAAGAAAACUGA